CAGCGUCACGUUUCUUUCUGCCACACCAUGAGGACUUCAAGGAUAUUUAUUUACUUCUUUCACGGUAAAGACUUAUUUUAUUUCCUAAAGCCGUGCAAUGCCUCAAAUGUUUGAGCGUCACAGGUGUUUCUGUGUGUUUUCAGCUCCAGCUCUCUGUCUCGUGUGGCUUAUAAAGCACAGGGUGGACUCAGCUCAACUGACUGCUCCUAAGAAGAUAAACGCAUCGCUCAGUGGCUCUGUGACAGUCUCCUGUUGGUACGAUCCUCAGUUCCGAGAAAACUCCAAGUACUGGUGCAGAGGCCCUGUUUAUGGACUGUGUGAUAUAGUGGUGAAGACCCCCAGGAACCGAAAGAGUGACAGAGUCUUCAUCACUGAUGAUAAGGAGGCAGGAGUCUUCAAUGUAACCAUGACUUUGCUCAAAGAAAACGACGCAGGUAUGUACUGGUGUGUCAUCGCCACGAGCGGCCGGAACGUCYACACAGGUGUCAGCCUCCAGGUCUCCCUCUCAGUAGCAGCACCGACCACCACAUCACCGAUACUGACAAAACCUGAAAAAAGUUUGUGGGCGACCCUUCGGUGGAUCAUCUUCUUUGCAAUGUUGUGUUGUCUGGUUCUAACACAUAUUGCUGUGUGGAGGAUAAAAGCUGCCAGGAACAUAUAGACUGCCUCCAUCAACACUUUCUACACAGCUCAAACAUUAAUGAACUAUAUGCUUUUAAAACCUGGGUAAAUUACAAAACAUGGUCCUGGUGAGGAUGCUAAAUGGGAUCUUUAAUGGCCAUUUAUUGUGCGUGUGAACKGAGCUGGAAAUAAACCAUGAGUAACCACAGGCUUGCUUUU